AGCUGACAGUAUGGCGGCGGGGUGCAGCUGGAGGAAGGAUGCUACUGUCGCCCGUCAUGUGUCAAUUGCCGGUAGGACGUAAAUGGAAAUUUGACGGCAAAAACAGAAGAAGGAUUUAACGAGACAGCCUUGUGGCCGUGAGCUCCAAAGAUGGCCAGACUCGCCGACUACUAUCUGGUGGUCGGUUACGAUCUCGACAAGCGAGUCGAGGGUGAAGGUCAAGGUCGCAUUCUCCAGCGGUUUCCUGAGAAAGACUGGGAGGACAGCCCAUUCCCACAAGGCGUAGAGCUGUUCUGUCAGCCCAGCGGUUGGCAGCUGUAUCCCGAGCGACAGCCUGCUUCUUUCUUCGUAGCGGUUUUGACCGACAUCAACUCUGAGCGUCACUACUGUGCCUGCUUCACCUUCUGGGAGGGCCUGGACAACCCACAGCUGCAGAAGGCUGAGGCCAGCGAGGCGGACGAGGUGGAGGAUGAUCUCGCCGUCGUCCGAGCGGCUCAGGUCUUCGCCCCCAAGAGCCUGGUGCUGGUGUCCCGCCUGGACUACACCGAGGUGUUCAGGAACUGUCUGGGUCUGAUCUACACCGUCCACGUAGAUGGCCUCACUGUCCCCUUGGAAACCGUGGUUGGAAAUCUCCUCACAUGUAUCAUCCCUAUCGCUGGAGGCUCCCAGCCGGGCCAGGAGGAGACGGAGGAGAGUUUGAGAACGAUCACAUUAGGUGCUGGGGACCGGCAAGUUAUCCAGACUCCCAUCGAUGACGCGCUUCCUGUCAGCGGCAGCACCGUGGCGCAGCUCUUCAGACAGCUCGGUAUAGUGAACGUUCUGUAUCUGUUCUGCGCCGCCCUGACGGAGCACAAGAUCCUCUUCCUGUCCAGCAGCUACCAGAGGCUGACGGACGCUUGCCGGGGGCUGCUGGCCAUCAUGUUCCCCCUCAAAUACAGCUUCACCUACGUUCCCAUCCUGCCGGGGAAACUACUAGAAGUGCUGAGCACCCCCACCCCCUUCAUCAUCGGGGUCAACUCGUUCUUUCGCUCGGAGACUCAAGAGCUGUUGGACGUGAUCAUCGCUGACCUGGACGGCGGCACGGUGACAAUCCCCGAGUGUGUCCACAUCUCGCUGCUGCCGGAGCCGAUCCUGCAGCAGACCCAGACCGUGCUCUCCAUGGUUUUGGAUCCAGAGCUUGAAAUCGCUGAUCAGGCCUUUCCCCCGCUGUCCACGCAACCCUCCGCACUCAAGAUCCAGGAUAAGGAGAUCCGGGGGGUUUUCCUGUGGCUGUUCGCUCGGCUCUUCCAGGGCUACCGCUGGUGUUUACACAUCAUACGCAUUCACCCAGAGCCAGUGAUCCGCUUCCAUAAGGCUGCCUUCCUGGGUCAGAGGUCGCUGACCGAGGACGACUUCCUGAUGAAGGUGUUGGACGGCAUGGCGUUCGCCGGCUUCGUGUCGGAGAGAGGUCCUCCUUACAGAGCCACGGACCUGUUCGAUGACCUGGUAGCCAAUCACGUUGAGCGGAUACGACAGGAGGAGACGUGUCCACAGAAAGUCCUGAGCCACGUCAGGGAGCUGGCCGAGCUGCUCUUCAAAAAUGAGAACCCUUACCCCGCUGUUGCCAUGCACAAAGUCCAGCGGCCGUCAGAAAGCAGCCAGAGCGGCUCUCAGAGUCAGACCCCGUUCCCGGCGCUGGACGAUGUGGUCGUGCAGCUCUUCAUCGACCACGCUGCCUCCAAACUGAAGACCGCUCCUCCCGUGGUCAAAGCAGAGGUCAAGGGCAUGGUGCCGUCCGGACCCCCACUGGGAGACACGGUGGACAGGAACGGCAGCGUGAUGGCGAACAGCGCCCGCCGACUGGAGGUCGUCAGGAACUGCAUCACCUACAUCUUUGAGAACAAAAUGCUGGAGGCCAAGAAGUUGAUGCCAGCCGUGCUGCGGGCGUUGAAGGGCCGGGCAGCACGCAUCUGUCUGACCCAGGAGCUGAAUCAACACGUCCUGCAGAACCGAGCCGUGCUGGACGACCAGCAGUUCGACUACAUCGUCCGGAUGAUGAACUGCACCUUACAGGACUGCUCACAUAUAGAUGAGCACGGUAUUGCAGCGGCGCUCCUUCCCCUGGUCACGGCCUUCUGCAGGAAAAUGGGCGCCGGCAUCACUCAAUUUGCCUACAGCUGCGUUCAGGAGCACAUGGUGUGGACCACGAUGCAGUUCUGGGAGGCCAUGUUCUACAGCGACGUCCAGAGCCACAUCCGAGCUCUGUACCUGGAGGCGGAGGAGGGGGAGCAGCAGAACUCUGAGCAGCAGGAGAUCAGCGCCCUGGAGCUGGCGUCUGAGCAGAGCCGGCUGUGGCCGACGCUCGGGAAGGAGAUGCAGACGGAGCGCGUGCAGAAGGAGGAGAGCACGGUGUUCAGUCAGGCCAUCCACUACGCCAACCGGAUGAGCUACCUGCUGCUGCCGCUCGACACCAGCAAGAACCGGCUGCUGAGGAGCACCGGCCUCGGGGACGUGGAGAGCGUCAGCAACAGCUACGUCACCAACAGUAUUGCAGGCAGCAUGGCGGAGAGUUACGACACAGAGAGCGGUUUCGAGGACGCCGAGAGCUCCGACGUGGCUAACUCUGUGGUGCGCUUCAUCAACCGCUUCGUGGACAAAGUGUGCAACGAGAGCGGCGUGACCAACGAGCACCUGAAGGCCCUGCACACCAUGAUCCCAGACAUCGUUCAGAUGCACAUCGAGACGUUAGACGCAGUCCACAGGGAGAGUAAGAGGCUGCCUCCGAUCCAAAAGCCCAAGCUGCUGAGGCCGACCCUCCUCCCGGGUGAGGAGCUGGUGAUGGACGGCAUGCGGGUCCACCUGAUCCCAGACGGCCGGGAGGAAGCAACGGGGCUGAUGGGAGGUCCGCCUCUGCUCCCCGCUGAGGGCGCCAUCUUCCUCACCACGUACCGGCUCAUCUUCAAGGGAACGCCAAACGACCCUCUGGUGGGGGAGCAGGUGGUGACUCGCUCCUUCCCCAUCGCCUCUCUGACGAAGGAGAAGAGGAUCUCCGUCACGUUACCCAUGGACCAGUUUGUCCAGGAGGGGCUCCAGCUGCGCUCCUGCACCUUCCAGCUGCUUAAGAUCGCGUUCGACGAGGAGGUGGCGUCGGACCUGGCCGAGGUCUUCAGGAAACACAUGCACAAGCUGCGCUACCCUCAGCACGUCCAGGGCACCUUCGCCUUCACCGUGGGGCAGUGCGGCAAGCUGGUGGUGGAGCACAAGACCAAGGACAAGAACCAGUCGCUCAAGACGCUUUCUAAAAACCUCGUGAAGAGCGCCAAGAGGACGAUCGGCCGGCAGUACGUGACCAGGAAGAAGUAUUCCCCCCCCACCUGGGAGAACAGGAGCAGCUUCCAGUCGGAGCUCGAUGAGGACGAGAUCUCAGUCUCGGAGGAAGUGGACCAGAGCUCGCUCACCCUCUCCUCCACCAUGCGCUCGUCCGACCGACAGACCAUGAGCAACGUCGUGGAGCGCGCCUGUUGCCGUGACUACCAGCGCCUGGGCCUGGGCACGCUCAGCAACAGCCUGACGAGAUCCAAAAACGAGCCGUUCAGGAUCUCCACGGUCAACCGCAUGUACACCGUCUGCAGGAGCUACCCCGGCCUCCUGAUCGUGCCUCAGAGUAUCCCCGACACGACCAUCCAGAGAAUCUGCCGCUGCUACCGACAGAACCGCUUCCCCGUGGUCUGCUGGAGGAAUUCACGAACCAAGGCCGUCCUGCUGCGCUCUGCGGGGCUCCACGCCAAGGGGGUGGUGGGCUUCUUCAAGUCCCCCAACGCCCAGGCCUCAGGCCCGUCACAGGCCGACUCCACCAGCCUGGAGCAGGAGAAGUACCUGCAGGCCAUCAUCAGCUCCAUGCCUUCCUACAGCGAGAGCAGCGGCAGGAACACACUCAGCGGCUUCACCUCGACACACAUGAGCACCUCGGACUCCUCAGAUAAGCUGAGGCAGCCUAAGAUCGGCGCUCUGAUGAAGCAGGUGAUGGGAACCAAGGAGGACGUUCCCGGGACGUUCAGCAGAGGAGCUCUGGGUCAAAGGGCGAAAGUCAUCUCCCUCUCUCAGGCCAAAGGUUCUAGCAAGGCCAGGAACCCCCCUAGAGGUAAAUGGGGCAGUAUCCGGGGCAGCGGGCGUCUCAGCACCUACAACCCGGACGUGGGGAACCGCCUGGCGAGCAAAGAGUCUCCACAGCCCAACGGGGGGCCGAGCGAGCCGCUGUUCCUCCGUCAGCAGAAGGCUUACCUCUACAUCAUCGGGGACAAGGCCCAGCUAAAGGGAGGAAAGCAGGACUCGUUCCAGCAGUGGGAGGUGGUCCCCAUCGAGGUGUGUGACGUGCGGCAGGUGAAGAACAGCUUCAAGAAGUUGAUGAAGGCCUGCGUGCCGAGCUCCUCCACCUGCGACCCCAACAUGAGCUUCCUGCGCUGCCUGGAGGAGUCCGAGUGGAUGGCUCUGCUCCACAGGGUGCUGCAGGUGUCGGUGUUGGUGGUGGAGCUUCUGGACACCGGCUCGUCCGUCAUGGUCAGCCUGGAGGACGGCUGGGACGUCAGCACGCAGGUGGUGUCGCUGGUGCAGCUGCUCUCCGACCCGUACUACCGGACGUUCGACGGCUUCCGGCUGCUGGUGGAGAAGGAGUGGCUGUCGUUCGGCCACAGGUUCAGCCACAGAGGAGCGCAGACGCUGGGCAGCCAGAACAGCGGCUUCACCCCGGUCUUCCUGCAGUUCCUCGACUGCGUGCAUCAGAUCCACCUGCAGUUCCCCAUGGAGUUCGAGUUCAGUCAGUACUACCUGAAGUUCUUGGCGUAUCACUACGUCUCCAACCGCUUCCGCACGUUCCUGCUGGACUCGGACUACGAGCGCAUCGAGCUGGGAGUGCUGUACGAGGAGAAGGGCGAGAGGAAAAGCACGCAGGUGUGUAAGUCUGUGUGGGAUUACAUCGACCGACUCAACAAGAAAACACCCGUCUUCUACAACUACAUGUUCUCUCCUGAAGACGACGAGGUGCUGCGACCGUACACCUUCAACUCCAACCUGAAGGUGUGGGACUUCUACGUGGAGGAGACGCUGUCGGAGGGGCCGUCGUACGACUGGGAGCUGAGGGGCCGGCAGGAGCGAGUCGCCGAGGAGACGGCUGAGAAGCCCGACAGCGCCGGGCCCAAAUCGCAGCGCCGCAUCGUGUGGCCGUGCUACGACAGCCUGAGCAAGGCGGUGCCCGACGCCAUCACCAAGCUGCUGCAGGACCUUCAGAGUCUGGAGGCGGAGCUUGGCCUGACGUCAGAGAAGUGGAAGGACACGUGGGACAAGAUCAAGAGCACGCAGAGGACGGAGACCAAACUGGAAAGCAAGCCGUCGUUCUCCAGCUCCCUGCUCAUGUCGUCCAACCUGAGCCACCAGCGGCGCUCUCAGGGCGUCUACCUGCAGGAGAGCGGCGCGGGUUCCUCCAUCAACCUGGCCCUGGACUGCGAGGCCAGUGCCACCUCCACCCCGGUGCCCGGGCGGCCGAGCACCAGCACCCUGUACAGCCAGUUCCAGAGCACCGAGAGCGAGAACAGGAGCUUCGAAGGCAUCCUGUACAAGAGAGGCGCGUUGUUGAAACCUUGGAAACCCCGGUGGUUCGUGCUGGACAAGACCAAACAUCAGCUGAGAUACUACGAGAGCCGGCAGGAUAAGGAGUGCAAAGGAGUGAUCGAACUCGCCGACGUCGAGUCUGUUUACCCGGGAACGCCGGCCAUGGGAGCGCCGAAAAACAUCGAGGAGAAAGCCUUCUUUGAUCUCAAGACGACCAAACGAGUGUACAACUUCUGCGCGCAGGACAGCCUGAACGCCCAGCUGUGGAUGGACAGUGUGCAGAGCUGCCUGUCAGACGCCUAGAGGAGGAGGCGGGACUCUUUAAUGAACCAAUGAGCAGUGCUGACGGACAUCUCUGCGAGGCCAAUCCCAGCGCGGCAGAGAGAGAGAGAGGGUCCCUUUCACCACUUGAAGCUCCGUUCGCUAGUGUUGAACUAAUAACUGUCAGUGUUUUUGUUAUAAAAAAAUGAGAAAAACCAGAAAAAAAACGACAGAGUCCCCGAAGAACCACUCGCUGUGUCUCACCACCGAGACGCAGCCUCUCACCCCCCCCUCGGACCACGAAGUAUGCACCAAGACGAUGCAUAUUGAAGCAUUUCUGCCCUGGAGGAGCCGCUGUCCUGCAGGAGCCGCUGUCCUGCAGGAGCCGCUGUCCUGCAGGAGCGUCUGAACAAGGAUCGAAAACACGGACUGGUUGUUCGACGGACCAAACCUGUAGUCUACCUGCCAGCUGAGUGACCCCGGAGACGUUGAGUACGCCAAAGUUUGAUGAUAGAAAUGUAAAGUAUGGGUCCCCAGAACAUAGAAUCUGCCGGAUGCUCAGCUGCAUAUGUUGGGCAAUGCAGACAUUAGCUUUAACACUUUCUUGUUUCAUCCUGAAAAUGUCAGAAAUUGAUUCAAAAACCUCCAAAACCACUUAUAAUUGUCCAAAUCAGCAAAGCCAUACGUUAGCUAUUGUCUGCAUGAGCUAAUUAAUGCUCCUUAUGCUAAUUGUGUAAAUUGCGCAACAUGUGCACGUUAGUAUCUGGCAGUUUCUAUGAACUGGGGACCCGUGCUAUACGUUUCUAUCUUAAAACUUUGGGGAACUCGACAUUUCCGGGUGCACACCCAGGACUUUAUGAGCUGGCAGACAGACUACUGAGGAACACACACUUCUGAAAGCAAACGCUCGUCCUCUCUGUGCCUCUCACUGCCUGACGGAGGGAAUGACAACGACGGUUCAUGAAGGAUUUCCCCCUUUUCUUUUUUCCAUAUCUAAAAUAAAACCCAGGAAGAUGGGAGUGUGAAGAUACUGUGAAGGCCACGAAUGAGUCGCAGACAUCAAAGUCGGAGGGUCGUCGAGGGGUGGGGGUGGGGGUGGGGGGUGUUACUGUCAGGUAUUGCGUGUGUCGGUGAGCUUUCACUGAAGUGUUUACAGAGUAUACGAACACCUCCCUCUCUCUCAGAUCAACCACUAUCAACAGAUGUAAGGGACGCUGACGGAGAAACGGAGGGAUUUAUUUUGUUCAAACAGAGAGUGGGAGAUUCAGAGGAGGGAUGCUAAGGACAAGAGUGAUAUUAUGGGAUGCUUUGGAGACAUGACGGUUAUUGGGAGGUGCAUAUUGACUCGCCCAGUGUCAGAAACUGUCGGGGAAUUCAGGUAUUUUUCAGCUGAGCAGUAGCUAUGGUUGCUAAUUGGAUUAUAACAUCAAUUAACUAACAGCUGAUCGAGCCAUCAGGACCAUUGGUCUCUGGUUAGGAUUCAGGAUCAGCUGUUUAGUUAGCCGUUAAAAGCUAAUCCCGGCUUUAUCUGAAAGCUCAUACAUCUUUGCGUCUCCAACACCUUCGAAGAGCUCAGAAAUACAGCGUUAUUUUCUGCUUUGUAUGCUUUGCAUUGGAUUCCGUUUAAAGAGAUGCUUUGGCGUGGGGUUGUGUGCGGUUCUUGUCUCACUGACAGCAGAUGGUGGUCUGCACGCUGGAUUCUGAUCACUCACUUCACCUCGCUGUAGCACAGCCGAAGGAAACGGGGAACUGUAACGGCGCAAUCUUUCUGGCUUUAAUCAGUCAUACUGUCCGGUUCAGUUCCCGUCAGAAAACACAGAUUUGUUUUGCUUUAUCACUAAAAGAGUUUAAAUUGGACAUGCACUUUUUGUUUAGCUGCAGCCCCUUCACCAGCCACAAGGAGCGAUCUACUGUAGGUCAAACAAGAACUGCACACACAUCCAAACACACUCUUUUAAUAUGUCGGAGGAUUCCUUCAACCCUCAGCUGCUCCCACAUGAUUUUCUCUUUUGUUUUCUGGUCACUUGAAUCUGUAAUCUGAUUGGUUGCUCAUAGGUCAGAUCAUCCAGGUUCAAGUUCAAUCAGAGGAGCCACAACUAAUGAACCUCGGUGUGAAAAAUACCUGACUGCUCCUCAAGAGAUGUGGGGAUUUGGAAAGUCACGUUCAGAAAUCUCCCUCACUGAAACGCCAACAGAUCACUUUUUUAUAUCCAUGGUUUAUCAGAGUGCCCCCCCCCCCCCUGUCCCUCACACACACACAGAAACCACUCACUUGUUAACACACACCCUGCUAUGUAAAUUACGGUUCUACUGCUGUCUUUAAACUUAAAAAUUGUAGAUUUUUUUGUGUCUAAUAACUCCUUUGUAUAUACUACUCCAGAUUUGUAUGUAACGUUUAUGGUAGUAAUUUAUUUAACUCGUCUCCUCAGUAAGGAAGUUCCUCGAGCACCACUUUAUUUUUAAAAUUAGGAAUUCAACGUGCCAUUUGUUUAUCUGUAUUAAUGUGACUAAUUUUUUUUUUUUAAAUGUACAAUUAAACCCCUCAAUGUUUGUUUUUGUUAACACAGUUGUCCUUACGCGAGAAGAGGAGGUGUUUUUAAAAGGUUCUGGACGUAGCGCGCAGUCGAUAAAUGUCAGACCUGAAGUUUUCCCGCCGCCGGGUUCUUCUACUCGCUGGCUUUUAAGAGAUAUGGUGUGUGUACGAACACCAGGUUUCAAUCACACACACGAUCCACUCCUACAGCACAUUUGAGAUUUAAGAGACACUUGUUAUCCACUUUCUAAGUCUGGUUUAAAAAAGAGAAAUGUCUCCUGUGUCACUGAAUCUAAGACCGCUGAUUUUUUAGAUUAUUUUUCUAAACCCACAUUAUUUUUCAUGACGUGCUAACAGUAUGUACCUGGACUGCAUGGAGAAAUUAAAACCUGCAAGAAAACAUGAAUGCUUUCCCCGCUAUGAGGUAGUUGUGCACUUUUUGGGAAUGAUUUUAAAGUGCUUAUAACAACAACAAAAACCUAUAGAAGAAACUGAUCCUAUUACGAAUAUUUGGAGCUGUUUUCCAUUCAUAAAAACAGUUCAGAUCAGACUUAGAAAAGGGUUUAUCAGAAAAAAAGUUCUCACUUGUCCUUCAGGGCGUCCGUAGUUUCAUCUUUGACCCCAUAUAUAAGAGAAAAACCAGGCGUUGACAUUUGAUGAGCUGCACACUCCAACAUGUGUUGCUUAAAAUACAUUUAAAGGAUUAGAAAUAUGUUCUCAAAGCUGGUGUGAUUUCAAACAUCCCGCUUAUUAGUAUCUGAUAUUAAACGGUUCAACCUGUUUACAGACUGAAUCACCGCUGUAUUGUUCUGUUCAUUGGGGAGAAUACAGCAUCCAGAUACCGUUUGCUUUUGAAGUGAAUAAAGUGACACCCGGCUGUGGGAAAACUGCUGAAGUCUGCCUCCAGUUUCUACUCAUCUCUGGUGACGCUCUGCAGCUACAUUAACAACAUCAACCUUUUUAUUUAUUUUUCUUUUUUUUAUAUUAGAAAUUACUUUCUGAGCCGGGUUUUGUCGUCAAUCAUGUCAAUAUAGUUUUUAGAAUCCAAAUAAAAACUGUUGGUUUAAAUGUU